CAAUUUACGGCUUGACAUUUCUUGUUAUUGUUUAGGUGGAGCGAAAGUAAAAAUUUAAAAUUUGAAUAGUUCAAAACACAAAACAGAGUUACCGUAUUCGUUUAGAUAGAUAGAUAUCAGUAAAAUGCCGUCAAUGAAAGUGGAAGGUGACAGCGAUGGAGAUGGUGAUUUGUCUGGCGGUGACACAGAAAGGUCUGGGGGUUCUUCCCGCGGGCCAGACCGUGACUCCAGUGCUGAAGAGGCAGACGAGCCAGACUCCGAUGAUUCCUCUGAAAUGGAUGAGAGUGAAUGUGAGAGGCGUCGCAACGAAUGCCUCGAUAACUUAGCAAACCUGGAGCACCAAUUCACAGUGCUGCGGGAACAGUUGUUCAAUGAGAGGAUCAAGGAUGUGGAGUAUCAGCUCGCUGAGGUGCGGGGAGGCCGCUCGCCGGAGUACUUGGGGCCGUUAAGGCGCUUGCAAGAGAAUAUGAGGAUAAGAAUCGAGGUGGCCGGCAUCUUGAAGCAGAUGCGCAUAGACAAUAUAAAGCAUAAGUACGAGGCUGAGGAGCAGGCAGCCCACCAACAUUUUCAGAGCGAAAAAUGGCUAGCCUACGAGAUGCUGAAAGAAGAAAUAUUGGAGAAGAUUCGUAAAAUCGAAGAGGAGAGGCACACGGUGGACCUCUGGUCGUGCGGGGCGGAGUGGGGGAGGAAGCGGAGGAAACGGCAAGUCACCGUCUCCCCCCCAUAUGUGGUGUACAUGCUACCCGACGCUGAUAUCAUGGAGGACUGGCGACUAGUGAGAAAACUUUUGGAGCGAGCUGAUUAGGUUAAUAAAGAGUUAUUUGUGUA